AUGGCUAGUCAUGUGCCCCCGGAUAUAGACGGUCUUCGAGGCAUCGCAGCCUUCGUUGUGGUCUGGCACCACAGCAGUCUUCUCUACUUUUCUUGGGCCAUCCACCAUCCCUGGAACGAGCACGAGACAAAGGUGUUCGUCCAGCUCCCCAUCAUUCGACUCUUCCUCGCAGGUUUACCCGCCGUGUGUAUCUUUUUCGUCAUCUCCGGCUACGCCAUUAGUUUGAGAUUGCUGAAGCUCUCGCAUCUCGGACGGUCCACCGAAUUCGCCCACUCCCUGGCCUCCUCGCUAUUCCGACGCCACCCUCGCUUGUUCAUGCCCGCGACGUUCGUGUUGCUCAUGAGUGCCAUCAUGUCCUAUCUGGGCCUCUUCCCCACCGAAUCGUGGUCCAAGGCCGUUGCGCAGGGCACCCGAGUCCCUCCUCACCCCGACACUUUUUAUGGGCAGCUCUCCGACUGGGCCAAACACAGCAUGUCUUUGGCCUACCCCAUCAGGAAUACCAUCAACAGCCGCGACAUCAACCCCUACGACCCGAACUUGUGGACUCUUCCCGUCGAGUUUGGAACGUCGAUGAUGGUUUUCACCCUGCUCGCCGUCACGCAUAGGUUCCGGCCCUUUGUGCGCAUGGCCUUCAACUUUAUCCUUGUCGCCUAUUUCUUCUACCGAACCGAGACCAACGUCUUCCUCUUCCUCUGUGGCAUGUCCCUGGCCGAUAUUCGCACCUACCUGACUCUCCGAAACGAGGCACGCUCGGAACUCCCGCGCCGCUCCGACGACAUCGACGACGACGACAACGGGAUCCGGCGGAAAAAGCCCAGACGCUACAUCUUCGGUAAUCGAUGGGCCCAGUUCUACCACUCCUCGCUCACCCGACGCAUCGCCGCCAUUUUCGGUGUUCUCUUCUGCAUGUACGCCCUCAGCAUCCCCGAAUUCGGAAAGACCCUGGGCGAAGACCCUUUCUUCAAACCCCUCCUCGGCCUCGUCCCUCACUUCUACCGAGCCACGCACUUUUGGAUCCCUCUGGGCGCCGUCGGCCUCGUCGCCAUCGUCGACUACAACUCGUUCCUGCAGGCCGUGUUCAACAGCCGCGUGGCGCAGUACCUCGGGAAGAUCUCCUUCGCGCUGUAUCUCAUCCACGGACCGUUGAUUUGGAGCUACGGCGCGUGGUUGGCUCCUCAUUUCAUCCCGACGGCGGAAGAUGUGUCGACGGCUCGGUACGGUUUCGGCGUUGCUUUGUGCUAUCUCUUGUGGUGGCCCGUGGCUAUAUACGAGGCCGAUCUUGUCACGAGGCUUGUGGAUGUGAAAUCUGUGGCUUUCGCGAGGUGGGUGUAUAAUAAGCUUAUUGUGAGCUCUUGA